CGUGGUGGCGUCAACACUCUGUUGCGUCUCUGUUGCUGCAGACGAACCCAGCCUCAUUCCGGUCUCUGGACCCUCUGGUUCUGAUCCACAAACCUGCUGCUGAUCCGGAGCCAACACGCAGAGGAGAGUCCGAGCCGAGCCGAGCCGAGCCGAGCCACACCGAGCCGUAAGAGGCAGACAGCAGACAGGCUGCUUCAUCUCAUAGCCGCCCGGAGUCUUCCUCCCGAAUUAGUGUGAUUUUCAGGAUAAUCUGAGCGACGAUCAGUGACGCUCACCUGCGUUUCAGUGAGACGUCGCUGGGACUCGAACCAGCGAGGUGGAUCCAUCAUGGCCGCUGUGGGCGGAGCUUUGUUGACAGUGCGUCUGUGUUUCCUGCUUCUGCCCGCCGUCAGUGGCCUUCAGGAGGAGGACAGACACUGUGCCUUCACUGACAAGCUCCAGGGGGUGGAGCCUUUCAGCGGACCGGCCAAUGAGCUACGAGGAGCUGUGCAAGACAACGGCACGGUCCACUGUGUCCCCGGCUCCCGCUGCUAUGGAUUGUGGGAAAAGAGAGCAGACGGGGAAAUGCACCUGGUCAAGCAAGGUUGCUGGACUCGCAUUGGCAACCAGCAGGAGUGUCAUGGCGACCGCUGCCUAGUAACCGCAACGCCCUCUCAGGUCCAGAACGGCAGCUACAGGUUCUGCUGCUGCAGCCGAGACCUCUGCAACGGCAACUUCACCGAGGCCCCGCCGACCGCCGACACCCCGGCGCUGAGGCUGCUGAAGGCAGACGGGCAGAGCGACAGACAGACAGAGCGCGAGCGGCAGGAGGAGACGGCGCUCAUCGCUCUGGUAAUCGGUGCCAUAGCAGCUGUCGUGAUUGUGGUGUUGUUCCUGGGAUACCGCACAAUGAAAGGGAAGCAGAAGCUUGGUCUGUCGGCUCUGGAUGUGAUGGAGGCAGCAAACACACACGGCGCUGUGGACCUGGAUCAUCUGCAACUACUGGAGCUCAUUGGUCGAGGGCGUUACGGCACGGUGUUCCGCGGCUCUCUCAACGAGCGCUGCAUUGCCGUCAAACUCUUCAGCUCAGCCCACCGGCACAACUUCUGCAACGAGCGCUCCAUCCACGGCCUGCCGCUGCUGCAGCACCCCCACCUCGCCGGCUUCCUGGGCGCCGAGGAGCGGGCGGCGGCCGACGGGAGGCCCGAAUUCCUCAUCCUCAUGGAGUUCUACCCACAGGGCUGUCUGUCUGGCUUCCUGUCUCACCACACGGUGGACUGGUCUACCUGCUGCAGGAUGACUCACGGUGUGACGAGAGGACUUGCCUUCCUGCACACUGAACUCUACAAAGGAGACCAGUACAAACCGGCGGUGGCCCACAGGGACGUGACCAGUAGGAACGUCCUUGUCCGGUCAGACCUUUCCUGCGUCCUUGCUGACUUCGGCCUGUCAAUGCGGCUGACUGGAAGCCGUCCCUGUCACCACGGAGACGAGGACACCGUGGCUAUUUCUGAGGUGGGGACGGUGCGCUACAUGGCCCCGGAGGUUCUGGGUGGAGCUCUGAACCUGAGGGACUGCGAGUCGGCGCUGAAGCAGGUGGAUGUUUACGCUCUGGGGCUCCUCUACUGGGAGAGCUUCAGGAGGUGCUCUCACCUGUUCCCAGGUGACCCGGUACCAGAGUACCAGCUGGCCUUCCAGGAGGAGCUCGGGAACCAUCCCAGUUUUGAAGAGAUGCAGAUUCUGGUCGGCAAAGAAAAGUUCAGACCCAAAUUCCCCGAAGCCUGGAAGGACAACAGCCUGGCCUUGCGCUCCCUGAAGGAGACGAUGGAGGAUUGUUGGGAUCAAGACGCUGAAGCUCGUCUCACUGCUCAGUGUGCUGAGGAGAGACUGUGUGACCUCACACUGCUGACUACACACAGCUUGGUACACAACCAGAGGAAUCGGUCUCAGGUCCGGUGGCCUUCUCCGGUUGGCGCCGCCUCUACCGACAUUGAGGAUCUCAACGUGGGCGUGGCCAACAAUCUCCUGGGAGACGGUAACACAGCAGCGGUUGUCAAGACCACCAUGAGUGCAGCAGAAGGCUGUGAAAACCGAAACGCCAUCAACUAUGAGCGACUGCAGGCACAGACUCGAUCAUCCACAUCAGAUAUCUAUAUGUUUUCCAACACCACCCUGACACCUGCCUCCAACCUCUGCUCGAUUUUUGAGCCUGGAAUUGAAUGUGCCCCUGAUGCAGGUGUCCCCGGGUCCAAAGUCCUGGUACAUCUGUCCGAAGAAGACCUGGAGGCCGUGAAACUGAAGCCAGAGGAGGUCCGGAAGAACCUGAGGGAAGGUUCUGACGAGAUCCUGAUGGAACAUUCACAGAAGCAGUUUGGCCCAACUGAGCAAGAGACUCACAGCCUGUCGCACAAUCAGGUGAACUCGGUCCUGGAUCUCCAGGGUGAACAUGGGGUCGUAGGUUGGCUCGACUCUCCCCCCUCCUCCUUUCAGCCCUUUUCCAAACAGCAGAACCCGCCUCACAGGCCCACCAGUCUCCAGCUGCUCCCCAGAACCAGUGACGCCUCUUCUCGACUUAACCUGGGAAAGCUCAAGUCAUACCACAGACAGGUGGAAACAGGCGUUGCUAAAAUGAACACUGUGAUGGUCGCCAUGCCUGUAGCACCCAUUCAGGUAACCACGGUGACCAAAAACAUCAGCGCAAGAGGCGCCCUCUCCCCUAACGGUCGGGUUUACUCCAAGGUGGACCAGAACAGCUACAGCGCCAGUGUUCCCACCUUGGUGACGAGCGGCAUGACGGGAGAAGGUCAAACCAAUCAAGCCGGUCCACAGCUGGAGGAGGAGGAGAAGAUGGAGGACCAGAUGGUCGGAUGUGACAACCUGAACCUGCUCAACUCUUUGGACGAACACAAACCACUGUUGAAGAGAGAGCAUCCACUGGCCGAAAGAGAGCUUCUUCUCCUUCCUUUUCAUCAUCGUCAUCAUCAGUCACAAAUGGGCAUAAUAGGGUCGGGUCAAGGCUCAAACUCCAACAACAACAACAACAGUGCGGUGCCGGCAUCCAAUGUGACAAUCCAGGGUUUGAAGGUCACACAUAAGAAAAUGAUUGGUUCAGAGGUCCACCAAGGUCCAGAACCAGAGCUACGCCCAGCAAGUCAGCAGAUGAGUGAGUCUCCGGUUUCAGCGGACCUUGACCCAACAGCAAAGGAUAGAGGUCUUGAUGCAUUCCCAUGUGUCCAGACAGCCUGUUUUGCACAACCAGCACCGAGCCCUGGAUCAUCCAGAAGCCCAGAAGCUCACCUGGUCCGCUCCAUUACCACUGCACUGGUUCCAGACCGUAGAAAUCAAGAUUCUUGCUCAGCUCCAGUGCCGGCACCAGAGGGCCCGGGAUCUCCAGUUUCACAAGACCCAAACACCUCAUCUUCAACAGCUCUGUUUCUGAAUGCCUUGACCCAUGGUCCAAAACUUCAAGCUCUAAGACCUCCAGUUUUACAUCUGGAAGCUCCAGUAGUGAAUCCAAAAGCUUCAGUUUUUGAGGUUAAAUUUCCAAAACCUGCGGCUCCACAUAGUCCCGUCUCGGAUCCAGAAACUCCAGGUGUGCUGCGGAUCCAGAUGGGAAAGGCCCGAGCCAAGAGGCCUGAGCGUCCCCUUUCCCUGGACCUGUCCUGCAUCUCCUCAGAUGACGGCAGUCUGAACUCUUCGGGAGAGAAAAUAAAACGUCGCGUCAAGACUCCGUACACCCUGAAGAAAUGGCGUCCCGCCUCCUGGUUCGUCUCUACAGACACAGCUCUCGAAACGGAUUUUGAGUUCUACCAUUUACCUUCCGGUCCUCAUGGAGCAGGAAGCCUCCCCAAGAUCAAUCAGUCCAAAUCCAGCAUGGCAGUGUUUCUGGUGGGAGGCGGAGGCACAGCGUGCACAGCGACCACAACCUCCGAACCCGACGGAAUGACCCGCUUCUAAAAGAAGAGCACAUUUUGUUUUUUUCUUUACUUCUUUCCUUCUAUUUUAUGGUAGAAAAUUGAGUGAACAGGACACCUCCAGUAGUUUGGGGGCUUUACCCGGGAAGAGAUUUGGGGCUUUUUGAGUUAUCAACCAAUCCAAACCAACCUAUCAGGCCAAAAUAUCCACACAAUGUGUUGCAGUAGGAGGCCAGACAUCUACGAGAGAGGAACGUACGUUAUCAGCCUCAUGGGUAAAGUUGUUCCCCAGGAAGGGUCAAGGCCUUACCUGGAGCCAGUAAGCCACGCCUACUAGUAACAGCAGCCAAUCACCUAGGAGCAUUUCCUGGACAUCAUGGGCCUUUACGCUACAGGAUCCAAGCUGAAAGUCAAGAGGAUCAAUAGAGCAUCAGACACAGCCUCUCCGUGAUAGGCCUUCCUGGGAUGCCAAAUACAGCCACUUAUAGGUUUGACCCCGAUAGUGUCAGUAAUCCGGGCCAGGUGGCUCCUCCCAGCUAGAUGUUCAGGUAAAAGCCAUCAGUAGCUUGUUGGUGAAGAUCAGGUCUUCCACUGUAUUUUGAAGAACUUUAAACAAAAGUUAGCAUUAUCUAGAGUUUCUACAAACCAUACUAUAUUAAUCUGGGUAUUUAUUUUGGAAUCUGUUGCUUUCAAGCUUUCAAGCUCUACUAUGCAGUCAGCUCAUAUCACCACGUUCUUCACCUGCUGGGAGGAGAGAGGAAGUGGAGAAGAUGGAGAUGAGCCACGUUCCACCGGCCUUGUGACCUGCGUGACCUGCUCAGGAACCAUUGGCAAGAGCGCUCUCACGUUUUAAAUCUUUAUUUAGUGUAUGAAAAGAUGAGAUUAUAUCAGAAGAAAGAUGGAACCCAGAGUUAAAGCACUCAUAUAUUCUCAGUGGGUCUAAGAAAGUACCACGAGAAGAGAAUUAAAGAUCCUGAUCUUCGAAAACUUACUAUAACUUACUGGCUCUACCUGCUUGCCAUCCAAAAGCUGUUGGACCCAAAACAGCUUUACAUAAAUUAAAAUCUAAACAAGUGAUUCUCUUCUUUGAAAAGUGGAUCCAUGAAACUUAUAAUUGUAUGGGAUUAUUUAUGAAUGCAUUCAGAUGCAGAUUUCUACAAUAUCAGAGUUUGGCUUGACAUUUUACAAAAGAAAGAGAAAAUAAAAUAGACUAAAAUAAAAAAAAGACUAAAAUAAAAGUUGCAUUUUCUGCCUUUUCAUAUUUAUGUUCUGAAAUGUUUUUUUUUAAAUGCUAAGUUGAUCUUUUGAAGUUAUAUGUGUCAAAGCUCUAACUGAUUCUUAAAACGUGCAAUUACAGAUAUUAUACUUAAUAUUUUAUUAUAUUACACACACAACUUCUGUAUCAGGUCAUGUUUCUCCUUUACCUCAACAUACAUAUAAUCAUUCUUUUGUUUUACCUUUAGUGUAUUUUAACAUACUUUUUAAAAUGUAUUUGUUUUCUUAUUUUUGUAUUUUCUACCGUUUGUACUGUUUUUAGAUAUGCAAAUGAUGUACAUACAGAUGUUUCACAUGUGUGAAGGCAGAUAUGUUGGUUUAGCUGGUUAGCUGGCUCUGGUUCAUCUAGUCGGUUGUCAGCUAGCCCUGGUUUAGCUAUCCAAGCCUUUCUAGUCUUGCUCUGGAAGCCGAAUGUUUAAUCUUCACAGUAUCGGAGUACACUUUGUGUGAUCAGAUAUUCAGCUUGAGAGUGAAUCACAUUUUCUCCUUGAGGUCAAUGUGCAAUAUAACAGACAGCAUACAUAGCUAGCUAGCGAUUAGCUAACUAAGUAUGCAACCAGCUUAGCGGGACUUCUCUUAUCGUCAUAUCUAACUAAUCCCAAAUCUAAAGUGUGUGUGCUCACAUUUAGCUUCCUGCUAACUGGUUCUAGUGAGUGGUCUGGAUCGUCCCUUUAAAGUCACGGCCUGUAGCUCACAUAGCCAUCAAUGCAGAGGACACAUUUAGAUAUAACCAUGUUCAGCAUGGUUAUAUCUAGGAACACACUUGCUUUUAAGCAUUUUAUUUCUGACAUCUCUUUGUCUUCUAAGCUCUGCUGCUCCGUUACUGUUUAAUAUUCAUUAAUACAUAUUUAUCUAUGUAUGUUGGUGCACAUUGUUGUUGAUAAAACAUUGUAAGUGAUAUAAGUCUUCUGGGAUCUUGUUGAAAAUGUUGUGUAUUACUUCAGUAUAAUGUAGAUCGUUUAGACUUGAUGCAAAGACUCAUCACAAGUUACGCCUUUAUUAUAAUGUAACUAUAAUGAAACUAAACUAUGAAAUUAAAAGUUCAGAAACAACAUGGCCAAGUUCA